GCAACACAAAGGAGUAUAUCAUGACAUCGCCACAAGUGCGCAUCGUACGCGUGACGUCAUCACCGAGGGAGAACUCAUGCUGUCCCGGACGGUAUCCACAAUACAACGCGAGUUUGGGUUUCUCUUCCGGGGUGGUGCAGGUCAUUUGUGGAGUGUGUACACUUCUGCUUGGGGGCAUCUUUUUCGCAUUGGUCUUGCACGUCAUCGACACAGGUGCAGGAGUUUGGUGUGGGGCGUUCAUAUUCAUUCCAACUGGAGUUAUCGGCAUCUUCACCAAAGGGAAACGAACGGGAUUGAUCAUCGCUUACCUUGUUAUGUGCAUCAUCUCCUGCUUUGCAAGUCUAGUAAUGGCUGCCUUUAUAUUCUACUGGACCUGGUAUUGGGGUGUGGAAUGUUCGAGACCUUUAGCAUCCUGUUCAAACGUCACAAUCUACCAAGCUAUUCAAGCUCUCAUUGGGAUUCUGAUGAUCAUUGAUUUUGUGGGGGCUGUUAUGGGGGCACAUGUAUGUUGCCAGGUAGUCCCGUCAAGUAAGCCAGCGACACGCAGGAACAACGCGGUGCAUUAUGAACGGCGGCAACAGCCAACAAGCAAGAAAGGUCCAUCGUCUAACAGACAAUACUGAAUAGAGGGGCGUCACACGCACGACAACAAUGUCAGCAAGAUGAAUUG